AUGUCAGUUCUCUCAACCCUCUCUAGCAGACUCAGUGCUAUAAUUAUCAGAAGUGUUACCUUUCUCUUUGUCAUAAUUACUUUGGGAUUGUCAGCAGCUUCCAUCAACAAUAUGAGCUACUCAAGAGGUAAUUUCCUUGUUGCUACAAGCGUGUUUUCACUGGUUCAUCUAGGCUAUGUUGGGCCUUAUCUUUUCUUUACUGAUUACUCUACACAGAUUCCACCUUUCUUCGUGGCUAUUUUUGAGUACAUCUUGAACAUUUUCUGGUUUGCAGGAUGGAUUGCUAUGGCAGACUUGUGGGGAGACAUCCAUUGUUCUAGAAGAACCAGUUAUGGAUGGGGCUACUAUCAGUUUGGAUCCCGAUGUCAUGUUUCAAAAGCUGCCGUCGCCUUUGGUGCCUUCAGUUGGGUCAUGUAUACACUCUCUGCGGUCCUUGUGACAAUCAACAUUGUGAUUCCAAUUGUCAGAAGUGGCAGUUACCUUUCUCAGGUGCGUGCCCCAGUCGGUUUCUUGACAUUAGACCAAUCUCCAGCAACAGUUGCCCCCACGGUUGGUGAUUUUGAGUCCAGUCCUGCGGACAAGGAGGAAGCAACUGGAGAUAGUGUUGCUUCUCCAGUGGCUCCAGCUCCAGUGGCCGCACCUCCUGCCCAGAAUGCUUAG